UUGGCAUCCCACUUCACUCGCCCUCUUUCCCAUAUCACCCCACCACCUUCCCUUCCCUUCAGAGCGUGUGUCCCGCCUGUCCUCACAGCCCCCUCCUCGUUCCCCGUCGAUCGUUGCAUUUCGAAAUUCGCAGCAUCACCCGGCGCGCUACCCUCCGCCCUCGACCGACCUUCUUCAAUCUGAUCUCUCUCUAUUAGCUGAUAAUGUCUGCCGCGAAGGGAAACGGGACCGCUUCGGGGCCGAAAGAGCCGAAGGGAGAUGGUAAAGGGAGUAACGAUACGGUUGCCAAGGUGACAGGAGCUGUUAUCGUCUCAGGAAUCGCUUAUGGUCUGUACAAAGCAUUCUUCGCCGACAAGUCAGAGGAACCCCUUGGUCACAGAUCACACGCCAAAUCUGAGCCCUUUCACGAGCAAAUCAGUAUUGAAAAGCCAGCAGCUUUAGAAGACCUUGAAUAUCGUACUAAGGAUGCCGCAGGGCAAGUGAAGCAGAAGGCUGGUGAAUUCAAGGGCGCUCUUGAAAACAAGGGCAGGGAGAUAAAGAAUGCUGUCAAAGGGAAGGGACAGGAGGUCAAAGACUGGACCAAUGAGAAGGGUGAGAGAGUGAGCAGCGGGACCUCUGAUUUCUUCAACAGAGCAGGAGAUGAGUUAAGCUCAGAUGCCGAAGAUGGCAAAAACUAUGUAGGUGACAAAGCAAAGGAAGCCAAAAAUUUCGUUGCUGAUAAAACAGAAGAUAGUAAGAACUACGCAACAGACAAAGCAGGAAAGGCGAAAGAGGCAAGUUCAGGCUGGUUUGGUCGAGGAAGCUCAGAGGCGAACAAAGGCAAAGAGGAUCUGAAGAAAUUUGCCUCCGACAAGGACAGGAAAGCAAAUGAUAACUAUGACAAGAUGAAGGCUGAGGCGGAAAGGAAAAGCGAUGAAGCUAGUAGAUAUGCAGCCGAUAAGGAGAGGAAUGUAAAGGAAGCUGGAUCUGGCUUCUUUGAUAAAGUUGGAGCGGAAGCGAACAGGGAAAAGGAAGGUGUGAAGAAGUUUGCUUAUGAUACCGAACAAUCUGUUGAACAUGCAGGUUCUAAUGUAGCCCACAAAGUUUCUGAUCUGGCCCAUAAGGUAUUACCUGGGAAGGGAGGACAGACUAAACCAGGUUGGUCGAAGUCCGGAAGAGGAGGAGUUGGUGAAUACGGAAUUGUCAAGGGUGAUACUUUGUGGAGCAUCUCCAGACGUUAUGGAGUGACUAUCGAUGAGAUCAAAGCAGCCAACGGAAUUUGGAAUGCCGAUUUUAUCGUUGCCGGAGAUACUAUCUCCAUCCCCAAGUAAGAAGAGAGUCUUGUGUACAACGUGGCAGGAAAAUUGAAAUUGUCAUAUCUACCAAAGGUAGAGAUUGUCGAAGUGUAAAUGAAAGGAACUUACUCUGGUUAGGUUGAAGCUGGUUGUAAGGAAUAUAUCUCUUCCCUAAAAUAUUUCAUUGGAAAGGGAUAUGUUCAGUGCCGCUGCUUCCAGCUGACUACUUGAAUGUUCAGCAGCCUAUAUCCACAUGAACUUAAUUACAUAGUGUGAUAUACCUGAUCCAAAGAGAAUUAUGUGUGCCUUUGCUUGGCCAAAAUAGUGGAAUAGUUCAAUAGAAACAACUUCCGCUUGUGGCUUCGCAAACUGCCAAUGAUUCCAUGUAAAGUAGCGAAUUUUUUCAGGUUAUCUGCUCGGCGGAAGAAUAGUGGGCAAUAUUGGUGUUGUGUAAAAUAGUUGCCUCGAAGUCGGUAGUUUGCACAGCUCUUAGACAGCUUAUGAUGGAUUCUUUCAACUUGUAUAAGAAUAUUCUCUUUCUUGAA